GGGGGCGGUGGAGAGGGGGCGCUCGGGACCCCACCACGGUGUGGGCCCUGGACUCGCCGCCGCCCGUCAGGAGGGAGGGGUGGGGGUGUGUGUGAAGGCGCCUCUUCUCCCGCCCUCAGGCACGGGGGAGAGCGGAGGCCCUUCGCGGUGUAUGUGGGUGGUGGGGGGCGGCCAUCGCGAAAUGGCCACUGGCGUGAGGAGAGGAGGGAGGGAGGCGGCCGGCCAGAGCGCUUUCCCGGUGCCCCGCACCCGGCCGGGGCGCGCAGCUGUGUGGGGACCCUCCGGCCCUCCACUCGGGACGUUGUUGGCUGCACCCCUCCCCCCGCGAGGCCUCCAGUACUUGCAGCACCUCCUCCACUGCCACCUCCAAUCCAGGCAUAUGCAUUUAAACCUCCCCCUCGACCUGAUUUUGGCACUUCAGGGAGAACAAUCAAACUACAAGCCAAUUUUUUUGAAAUGGACAUUCCUAAAAUUGACAUCUAUCAUUAUGAAUUGGAUAUAAAGCCAGAAAAGUGCCCUAGAAGAGUUAACAGAGAAAUAGUUGAACACAUGGUCCAGCACUUUAAAGGGCAAAUAUUUGGGGAUCGCAAGCCAGUAUUUGAUGGAAGAAAAAACCUUUAUACAGCUAUGCCUCUUCCAAUAGGGAGAGAUAAACAGGUGGAAUUGGAGGUCACAUUGCCGGGAGAAGGGAAGGACAGAAUAUUUAAGGUGGCAAUAAAGUGGAUGUCGUGUGUGAGUCUGCAGGCUUUACAUGAUGCUCUUUCUGGUCGUCUUCCAAGUGUUCCUUUUGAAACAAUUCAGGCACUGGAUGUAGUAAUGAGGCAUCUGCCUUCCAUGAGGUAUACUCCUGUGGGCCGAUCCUUUUUUACAGCAUCAGAAGGGUGUUCUAAUCCCUUGGGUGGGGGCAGAGAAGUUUGGUUUGGAUUCCAUCAGUCAGUUAGGCCUUCACUGUGGAAAAUGAUGCUCAACAUUGAUGUAUCUGCAACAGCAUUUUAUAAGGCGCAGCCAGUAAUUGAGUUUGUAUGUGAAGUUUUGGAUUUCAAAAGUAUUGAAGAACAACAGAAACCUCUGACAGAUUCCCAAAGGGUUAAGUUUACCAAAGAAAUUAAAGGUCUGAAGGUGGAGAUCACUCAUUGCGGGCAAAUGAAGAGAAAAUACCGAGUAUGCAACGUUACUAGACGACCAGCAAGUCACCAAACAUUCCCACUUCAGCAGGAGAGUGGACAGACAGUUGAAUGCACUGUAGCUCAAUAUUUUAAAGAUAGACACAAGUUGGUUUUACGCUAUCCUCAUCUUCCAUGUUUACAAGUAGGACAGGAACAGAAACACACAUACCUUCCUCUAGAGGUAUGCAACAUAGUGGCAGGACAGAGGUGUAUAAAGAAGCUGACAGACAAUCAAACUUCCACUAUGAUAAGGGCAACUGCUAGAUCAGCACCUGAUCGUCAAGAAGAAAUUAGCAAACUGAUGCGAAGUGCAAGUUUUAAUACUGACCCUUUCGUUCGCGAAUUUGGAAUAAUGGUAAAAGAUGAAAUGACUGAUGUGACUGGUCGGGUCCUGCAGCCUCCUUCAAUCCUCUAUGGAGGCAGGAACAAAGCAAUUGCUACGCCCGUUCAAGGGGUUUGGGAUAUGAGGAACAAGCAGUUUCACACUGGAAUUGAAAUCAAGGUCUGGGCAAUUGCUUGCUUUGCUCCACAGCGCCAGUGCACUGAAGUCCACCUAAAGUCCUUCACAGAACAACUGAGGAAGAUAUCGAGAGAUGCAGGGAUGCCCAUCCAGGGUCAGCCCUGCUUCUGUAAAUAUGCCCAGGGGGCGGACAGUGUAGAGCCCAUGUUCAGACAUCUGAAGAACACCUAUGCUGGGUUGCAGCUUGUGGUGGUCAUUCUUCCAGGAAAAACUCCAGUUUAUGCGGAGGUAAAGCGUGUUGGUGACACUGUGCUGGGCAUGGCCACGCAGUGUGUGCAGAUGAAAAAUGUGCAAAGGACAACACCACAGACACUUUCCAAUCUGUGUUUAAAGAUCAAUGUCAAACUGGGAGGAGUAAACAACAUAUUAUUGCCCCAGGGAAGGCCUCCAGUAUUCCAGCAGCCUGUAAUUUUCCUGGGAGCAGAUGUCACUCAUCCACCAGCUGGAGAUGGGAAAAAACCAUCCAUUGCUGCUGUUGUAGGUAGCAUGGAUGCCCACCCUAAUCGAUACUGUGCCACUGUGAGAGUCCAGCAGCAUCGCCAAGAAAUCAUCCAGGACUUGGCUGCCAUGGUCAGGGAGCUGCUGAUUCAGUUCUACAAAUCCACCCGAUUCAAACCAACUCGUAUUAUUUUCUACAGAGACGGUGUUUCUGAGGGGCAGUUCCAACAGGUUCUCCAUCAUGAAUUACUGGCAAUCAGAGAAGCAUGCAUUAAGCUAGAAAAGGACUACCAGCCUGGGAUUACAUUCAUUGUUGUACAAAAAAGGCACCAUACCAGACUCUUCUGUACAGACAAAAAUGAAAGGGUUGGGAAAAGUGGAAACAUUCCAGCAGGUACUACAGUGGACACAAAAAUCACCCAUCCUUCAGAGUUUGACUUCUACCUGUGUAGUCAUGCUGGUAUUCAGGGAACAAGCAGACCUUCUCAUUACCAUGUUCUCUGGGAUGACAAUCGUUUCUCUUCAGAUGAGCUUCAGAUCCUCACCUACCAACUGUGUCAUACAUAUGUACGCUGCACUCGUUCAGUUUCAAUCCCCGCACCAGCAUACUAUGCGCACCUGGUUGCCUUCAGAGCCAGGUAUCAUCUGGUUGAUAAAGAACAUGACAGUGCCGAAGGGAGCCAUACAUCUGGUCAGAGCAAUGGCAGAGAUCAUCAAGCACUUGCAAAAGCUGUUCAGGUUCAUCAGGACACCUUACGCACCAUGUACUUUGCUUGACAUGUUGCCAUGAUUUAAGUAACUCAGCUCAGAGUUGGAUUCACAGGAGACCAGCUGCACUUAGACCAACAGUUGCCCAAGCUACAGCGACAGCCAACGAGUGAUGCAUCUUUAUAUUAUUAGGUUUUUAUUUUAUUUCCAUUUGCAAGGAAGCCUUCCGUCUAGAAUUUCAGACUUGAUUGUGAACUGCAGACCUGUACAAAAUCACACAGCUAUUAGAAGUGUGGAUUUGCCAAAAUCAAAAGCUGCUUGUCAGGAGAAAAGGAAAAAAAAAAUCAAACCCCACAUUUUAUAAUUAAAUCAAGAGCUGUGAUCUCAGGGCUAAACACAAAACUUUUCACUCAAUUAUGCUAUUUUCCAUAUAUACUUAUUUGUAACUAAUCUGGAAACCCAAUUAAGAUCAAGUUUAAUGGUAUGGGAAAGCUAUCAAUUUGCUUUUAUUCCUGAAAAGAAAGCAAAGUGCUACUUUGGGUGCCAUUUAAAACCUUGAUCAUUCUGGAUGCAUUCACUUGGGGGAGGGGUGUUAAUGAUUGCUACGCAAAAGCAGAGAAAUCUGGUAUGUUCUUGGCUGUCUUUUUUCAGUGAACAGUCUGUGUGGAUCUAAGGGCAAAAGUAUUUUCUGAAGUUUGUUCUUGAAUGUCUUUCAUUGAGCUAUCUAACAUUUUCAUAGAAUGAAUUAUGGAAUUAUUUCAGGAAGAAAAAGGAGCUUAUCUAUUACUUUUUAUUAGGUCCAUUGGAAGAUUAGCAAAGUGUGCCAUUAAAAAAUAGUGGUUUUUAAAAAAUAUAUUAUUACAAAAAAUCAAUUUUGAUUAUUAAUCAUGGAGUUUGUCCUGUAGGACUGUGACACUUAAUUUUCCAAAGUUUUUCUAAAGAAUACGGGUCUGUGGAGAUACAGUACAAUCUAUUUCACUGUUAUGUUUGAAUUAAUGUAAAAUUUAUAUAUGUUUCACAGUAUUAACAUGAUAGAUUAGAUGCUAUUUAUUUUUAUUUACUAAGGAGUGCUCAACAUAUUUCUGUUAACAUAUCAAGGAUGCUUUGGAUUUUAGAAAUGGAUUUAUCAUGGGGACACUAAUGAUUUAGGGUGCAGUUCACCAAACAUUGCUUUCAAAAAUUAUCUUUUCCUUUCAAGAGAGUUUGUUUGGGAGACCUCAUAUUUUCUUGAGAUGAAUAGAAAGGAUGCAGUGUAGCAGUGCUUGGUGAAUUGCACCUUUCAAAGCAGGAAUAUGCAAUUGACUUAAAAGUGACAGAGUUGAUAGAUUUACAUGAUAUAUAUCAUUUAGCCUGUACCUGGAAGGACUUUGAAGAAUUUGUACAACACAGUAGAUCUAACACUUCUGUAGUUCAGGCAUGGACAAACACAAACAUUUCUUGAUUCAUUCAGGCACAAAACAUGAUCUAUCUGUUUGAUAAUCUGAGACAUAGAAGUGGAACAAAAAGAGAUCUGAUACUUACUUGAGGAGGGAGGUUAUUUUAUGCAUAAAGUGAAUAGAAAUGUGGGCAGGAGAGGGCGCCAUCCUCUCUGGGGAAGCAUUAAUUCUGUUGGAAACUAACUAAAAAGAAAAACUUCUGUACGUUUGCACAGAGUUCAUAUAAAUAAUUAUUCACAAAUACCCAUUGCACUAAUGAUGAUGACAGGAACACUACUAAUAAAUAUACCGCAGAAGAAAGUCCAGGAAGUUUUCCUCCAAAUCCCAAUGUCAAAAACAAAAACUAAUAAAGUCAAGUAUAAUUUUAAAUGUUUUUUUAAAAAAUUCCUAGGAUUAAUUAGAAUUAAUUUUAUCUCUCCUGAACAGCAGCCCAGCUACUUACUGUUACAAGAUCAUAGCUCCCAGCCCUCUAUUCUGAGAAGUAGGGAGAAUGGGGUUAGGCUGUGCUAGAUUUGUCAUGGUACUGAUUGUUGAUGUCUGAGCAAAUAGGUGCUUAUUUUUCGCUGCCUAUAACAUUGUAGGGAUCUACUGUCUGCUGUGCACCAGUUAAAGUCUGCACCUAGUAUGCAGUGCUUCAUGUUGCCAAACAGAUGUGGCUGGAACAGGCUUUUGAGUUUGUUGUGUAUUUUUGUUGCUAGAAAGGCGGUGUAUGUGUUGUUUUUCUUAAAACAACAACUGUAAACUGCUUUUCAAGCAGCUUAAUAGGUGUAAGAGAAAUAGGAUCCAACCAGGGUCUCUGUCAUUCUGCUGCGGAAAGCAUAUUGCUGUGUCUUCUUCAUGAAUUUGUUGCACUUUCCAACUAGUAUUAGGAGAGAUGUUGAAAUGUGAAGUCAUGUUCAACUUUGACCACCAUUCAGUCAGUGAACAAGCUAAUCUUUUAGAAGCAAAUGUGUUUCUGAAAUUUUGUCCUGAUUAGCUGUUUGUCCUAGUCAGGCAUUUCUAAAAUGUCAUCCAUUCAUUAUUUUCUUGCUUUAAAAUGUAUCAAGCAGAAAAAGAGAGGCUAGGAUGGUAGAAUCUUCAUAUCCAAAACUGUGUGGCCUGGUGACAUCAUGGAGCCAUCUCCCAUGGCUGCUGUUAACUAGCAAUGAUCUACAAUAGUACCUGUUAACCCUAGGUGUUAAUUUCCAGUUUCCAACCACAAUUAUUUCAUUGUGUCAGGUCUCAACCCGAUCACUGAAUUGACAUCCCCCAAAUGCAGUUGUUGAGGGCUUGUGUAGACCUUUCUCCAAAGAAUUAAUGUUGUCUUGUCACUGGCAUUUGCAUCUGUGUGUUUGUGUGUACCUUUCUGUGCAGUAGAAAUAUGAUGGUUUUGUGAAGGUUAGUUGGGACAGAAAUGUAACCCCCCCCCCAAAAAAAAUCCUGUAUACUGUAUUCUUAAAAUAGUGGCAAACUAGUAUCUACCAUAUUUCAUCUUGUGGGGUGGUUAUAAAACUUUUUUUAACAACUGACAAUGCACUUUGAUAAAGUAGGGCACUCUGAAUAUGCACAGGAACUGCUUUUUAUAAUAUAUGCAUAAACCAAAACUCAGUUGAAACAAAGAAUACACCUUUUCUCAGUAGCUGUUUACUACAGCGGCUCUUGUAAGCACAGCAAUAUCUCAGGUGAAUGAUUUCAUAUAAUUUUAUCCAAAAUAUCCUCCAUGAAAACAAAGCAGAAUAGUUUACAAAAUGUGAGGUGGAGUCCAGGAUUACGUGUGCACGAGGAGGCAUUUAUCCUUAAAAUCAUGUCAAAAUGUAGCUUUUGUUAAUAAUUGGACUUUAAAAUAAAUUGUUUCUCUUCCUCUAGUAGAGGAACCUGGAUCUUAAAAUCACCCGCAUAGUGAUGAAUGAAGCAGUAUACAUUUUCACAAUCAAGGUCUUUAAAAACAAAAUUGUUGGUCAUAAUUGGCAAACAUCGGCCUUUGGUGUUCAAUUGUAGCCAAACGUCUGUUGCAGAAUUGCAUUGGUUUCAGUUGCUGCAAUCCCAUUCUCUCUCCCCCUCCCCCCCAUCCUUCAGCUGCAAGAAUUAGACUGUGCUGGAUGCUUCUUUAUGCCACUGCCUCGGCUGUUCUACUUGGUGCUUAACACGUCACACAACAUCUCCUUAAUCUGAAAUAACAAGUGGCUGGACUCUCAGUUCUGUUGAAAACAGUUGUUGGUUUCACAUUGCCUAGUAAGAAGCCUCAUAUUGUAGAAAGUCUGGAGGACGUUUUAGGAGAAAGAAAGAAGGGGCACACAAAGAUUCCUGUAUGCCAGCUGUUCCUUUUUGAGUUUCUUGUUUAAGUUCUAAAAUUUUAACAGUGUUGAGAUGUACAAGAAGAGUUCAGCAGCCAAUAGGAAUGGUGCUGUUCUAACAGUAAUCCAAUAAACCAGCAAUGAUAACUGAAGCCAUUUUUUAUUUUGUAAAGCAAAAUUGAUGAUGAUUGGUCUCUUGUGCCUUUUUAAACUACACGUUCUUGAUGCAGUGACCAUUGAUGACUUCUGGGGAAAUAACGGGGAGGUCUCUGCUACCCCUUGCUGAGAGGCUGUAUUGUGCUGGUCAGGGAUUCGGCUGAAUCUCCUCCCCUGCUCUCUUUGAAGUCCGUAUCCAAGUUAAAUAAUGUCUUGGGCCUUGGAUCUUAAGCACAGACGUAACUGAGACAGCCAGUUUCAUUUCUGUUAUAGUGCUGACUUGGUUUGGGCUAUGCAAUGCCCUGUUCCUGAAUAUUUUUAUAACAAUGCUUAGAUCACUGGAAUAACUUUUUACUUUGGUUCCAAAAAGUUGCCAAUGAAUGUUUCUGUGGUGGGGUCCAAAUUGCAAGGAUAUAUUCUGUAACUAAUUUGCACAGGGGAAAGAGGAAAUCUCACCAUAUAGGUAUUUUCUCUGUUGCUCUACUCUCACAUCCAUAACGUGCUGGAGAACAGCUCCUGUGUUUCAGUUAGGCAUCUAAAAUUAUGUUAACUCAUAAUGCUAAGGAAGGCAUGCAAGCAUGCCCGAGUUGUGGAAGAAUCUUGAUUAGUGCCAAGUUCUUGGAAGUAGGUGUGUGUGUGUGUAUUGAUUCUUCUCAUCAUAGGAUGUCAGACAUAAGAUUGACAUAUUUUGCUAAAAUAUAGGAUGGAAAAGUUGCCCACUUGAUAUCUCUGGGAAGCCCAAAGGCAUGAGGUGAGGGCAUGCCCUCUCUCCUGAUGUUGCUCCCCUUGCAACUGGUAUUCAGAGGCAUAUUGCCUCUGAGACUGGUGGUGGCCUAGAGCCCUCAGACUAGUAGCAGAGAUUAAUUUAAAAAUCAAAACUGGGAACAAAGAAGGAAAAAAAUGACUGGAAAUGCUUUGAUCCAGUGAUUUGCAAGCCCAUUAUACUAGCACCAAACGUUUUCCCUUGAAGUCAAUGCUCUUUCUGUUUGACAAUUUAAAUUUGAAUUUCUGUGCUGCUUCAUAGUCUCUCCCUCUUCCUGCCCCUGCAAUUUUGAGAGAUAGUCACCCAUUUCUUGAAGAACAUAUUAAGUCUUUCCAUCUCUACUUAGCAAUUUAGGGAGGAAGAAGGUGCCUGAAUAUUAGGCUAGAAUAUUAGGGGCAUUUUGCUUUGAGGAUUGUAGAUAGAAAUAUUGCCACAUGUGGUACAACCCAGAGAACAUUACUAAUAGCCAUAAAGUUUUGACAUAUAAGGAGACGAAUGUAAAUAAAUUGUCUCUAGUUAUCAGUAGCUAUAGAUUAAAUUGCAUUUAAAAAAUUUGAGUGCUUUUCUCCAAAAGCACCUUUUCUUUUCAGUUGUGGCUUUUUAGAAUUCAAAUGGCAUUGGUGCUUUGUGGCUGAGUCUGUGCUGAAUAUUUCCCUCUACAUUUGUAUUUUGUUGUUAACAACUUGCUUCUGAAGGUAUCUAGGCAAUCAUUACUAGCAAAAACUCAAGCAGGCUGUAAUUGCACUGAUUCUUUUAACCUUCUUUUUACUGUAAUUUUGUUUGCAUCUGCUGUAGGUUUUGGAUUAAUCCUGUACAUAGUGUUAGUGUCUGUCUAGAGAGAAAUUACCUCUAUUCGUUCUUGUAUUUCUAGAGAUAAUGGCCCAUUUUACAGUAUUAAGAGAUGAGCUAUAUGCACAUAUUAGUUUCUGCAUUUCCUCCAUUUAUGUGUAGUUUUCAAAUCCCUGAAGGGCAGAGUUUGCUUGUUUUGCUGUAUAUAUUUUGAGGAAGUUUGUCCGCCUCCAUAGUUUCUUCUCUGUCCUUCUCCAAAAUGCACUUUGAUAGCAAAAUAAAUAAUUCCCUCCCCCAUCCCCUACUACCAUGUGUCAUGCUAUAGUGUAAUCAGCUGCCCAUAACUCUGCCAUGCAGCUCAUCCCUGCUGUUUUUGACAUGGUCACAAUAAAUGCCGUUUGUGAGUUCUGCCAAUAGAAAUUAAUGGCAGAGAACCGCAACCUCUGAUGUGUAUAGGAUGUUCCAACACAACUGUAGUUCUUCCAUCCCUUACUUGGUAUCAGUCACUUUAUCAUACUAAUCCUGGUGGUGUGAUCUGCUUCUUUGGUGUGGCAAGAACUAUAUAAUAUCCCAUUUAAUUUUUUGCUUUGUUUGUGUUUUUGCAUAAAAUAUUAAAAAGUGAAUGUAAUGGCUUGGUCAGUUAGCAAUAGCAAAAGGAAAUAACUGAGGGAAAUAGGCGCUCUCCCGCCUAAAAUAAUGACACGUCCAUGUGUGAGACGGCGGGACUAAGAGUGCCAAAGAGGAGCUUGCGAUUCUUCCACGGAGUUUUUUGUGCAUGUGCACAACCCAGUUGUGAGGGACCAUUGGUCCCCUUAAAGAGCCUUCAGUUAGCAGAUAGUUAAAGGUUACCCCCAAUGUUCUUUGAAAGCGAUUAGGACAUUUAUUUUCCUAAAAUGCUAUUAACAUUGCUGAAAGCAGCCAAAUUUCACAUAAGACCUGAACUGCUAAGACCUAUUGACUUCAGGUUUGAGAAGUUGAGUGCCAUACAGACUCUUUUGACAUGCCUUUGUUCAAAAAGAGCAAGUCUGGAUAUAAUUCAUAGGAAUUUAUUUGUGUACUUUGCAAAAAAGUGAAGCAAGUUGCUUUUACAAAUUUGGCAUGUUCACAUUUUUCUUUAGGGAUAAUGAUGAUACUGUGGAAUGGUCAACUUUACCUGUAUUUGCAUUCUUUCUCAUACUGCUGUUUCUAAAUAGGAAUUGUUUCCAUGUUAAAGCAUUGUGUGUGCUGGUGAGGAAGGGGUGGGGGAAGCUGUGGCUGAGAUUCAAAAAGCUACCGUAGGCCUGGGAUUGUUAAUUUAUUUCCCCUAUGAAUGCCGUAUCACAUGCUGAUUUUGAAACUCCUCAGUUUCAGAAGAAGUUUGCAGUGUAGCUUUAGUGGAGCGCUGCUGUUUGGAAAUUGCAAGUGUAAAGCUCUGGAGGCACAUGGAAGUUCUUUGGAUCCAGGUGCGUGAGUGAGUGAGUGAGUGUGUGUGUGUGUGUGUGUGUGUAUGUGUGUAAGAGAGAGAGUGAGAGAGUGAGAGAGAGAGAGAGAGAGAGAGAGAGAUUUAACUGAAGGUAACAUGAAGGUGCUUUAAACUUAGAUUCAAAUUAAGAUGAAACUGUGUGUUAAAUAUUUUUUAAGAUAGCUAUUUAGAUAAUUUUUCUUGAAACUUUAACCGUGAAAAUGCUAUUUUCCCCAACACCAGUCAAUAGCCUAUAUAAACUUUAAAUGUGCAACAAAAAUAAAUAAAUAUGUUUUAUAUUAUAAGUGUGUUCUGGGUCAAGCAUUUGGUCACACCUCAAAUCUUGAAAUGAGUGCAUGUGCAACUAAAGGUGCUUUUAUCUCAAACUGUAGAAAACUGUCUUGUAAUAAUUGCAUUAUUUGUUGGCUGAAUGCAUCAUGCUUCCUUAUUUAUAAGUAACCAUAUUGCGUCAAGAUCUUCUACCUUGUAUAUCAUAGGGCUGUUACCAACAAAUCACUUUCUGUGACAUAGUAUAGUUAAUGCGAGUAAUUUUGAGGCUUAGUCUAGGACAUUAUUAACAGUGCUUGUACUCUAGAAUGUUUGUGACAUUUAUUUACCAAGAUUAGACAUGUUUGCUGAUGGUGUGCAAAUAGGUCUGUCUACAAUUUCCACCCACCUUGGUGUUUGGCAGUGAGGAGAGGGGGGCAGGAACAGUGGCACUCAUGGACACUAGGAAAGUAUGCAGAUGCCAGUCAGAUGUGUUCUUCAAAGAUUGGCUGAGGUACAGAGAACUACUUUGAUCAUACUGAAGAGCUUUGACUUUGAACAGAAGACCCUGGCUCCAGUCCCCCUCCCCCCCACACAUGGUUUUAAGGGAAGCCAUUUUACUUAUGCACUGGCUCUAGUUUGCAGGGAGUUUUUAAACUUGGAAAAAUAGGUUGCUGCUGAUUGAGUGUCAGGCAUUGAUUUUACUUGUCCCUUAAUUUCAACUACCGAUUAAGAUUUCCCAUGACUUUUUUUACAAUGCCAAGGUCUAGUAAGCCUCUUAAAUUAAGAGUAUAUCACAAGUGAUAAUGAUGGGUUAUAGAAAAUCUGAAAUUUGUAUGGAUGACAACCAAACUUAGAAGGAAACCCUAUAUUAAAUACUACUUUAUAACUCAAAGGGCUAAAUUUCCUUGCAUCUUUUCUCUGUCAAAACCCUAUAAAGAGCAGAUAUAGUUCAAUGGUUAUUUUGUUUAUUCCUUGACCAAGUUUAUUCCUUGACCAAAGGCACACAUACCUAAGGCAAUCUCUGGAAUGUCCCCAAAUUCAUGUAGUUUUCCUUGUAGAAAUUUUUGUACAUCCAAGAAUAAAUGUGGAACAAAGCAGGAAUAAUGCCCGCAAGUAGUUCUGAUCUUACUCCCAUGUGAAUCAAUCAAGAUUGUGCCAAGGAAAGAAAUUGGGCUUGUUGCCCUUCUUCAAAAAAGGAAACAAACACGCCCUUGCCUCUGAUUAUGACAAGUGAGCAAAACUGUGGACACCUUUUAGAUUUAUGUGGGGAGACACUAGUAUACAGGGCUAAUUUUUCUCCAUCUCUGAAUUAAUUGUACAAACAGCUGAUAACAUCAUACCUUCCUCAGGGUGUGUGUUAAUCCUGACUUUCUCUUUCCCCUUUGUGCAUUGGAAAAGCCUUUCUCUAUGAACUCUUAAGUUCCACUUCAUACAUUUUUUUAGAUGUACCCUGCAAAAUGUAAACUUUGAAUAUACACCUCUUAUACAAGCAAAUCCAUCAAAGGCCACACCUCCUUGUCAAGUGUCCCUUAGGUGACAAAUCUUAGUUUGCCAUAGUAUAAAAUGUAAAAUUGGCCUGAAAUUCCAGCAGUUUCCGGUUUUAAGUUCACAAAGCAUGUGGACAAUGCUGACCCUUGUGAUCCUCAGCUAUUUAUCCAUAACAGGGAAACGUAGUAGAAGGGUUUUGUAUAAAUACAGUGGAGGAGGAAGGACCAGAAUGUAUGUAGUAAUCUGAUCUUGAACUUUGGUAUACUUCAGAUUUAACUGACAUCUCCUGGGAGCUUCUUAACCCAUAACUGAGUUUUAAGCAGUUAUUGUAAGCCCCCCACCCCCGUCCGACUUUUUUUUUUAAGGGCAAGUUGGUUAUCUGGAAACUUCUGUGUAUGUAGCAAGGCUGCACAACUUUGGCCCUCCAGUUGUUGUUUUUGGACUACAACUCCCAUAAUCCCUAGCCACAGUGGUCACUAGUCAGGGCUGAUGGGAGUUGUAGGCCAACAUCUGCAGGAGGGCCGAAAUUGUGUGCCCUGUAAAUAUCAAGAGAGAAAAAAAUGGGGGUUGGAAACAAAAUAUGAUAGUCAUUUUUCAAAAAUGGAAUGAGAGGAGAGUGAAGGGCCUUAUUUCAAAUGGUACUAAGUUUUAAUUAAUAUAACUAGUUUACACUCAUUUGCUGCCUCUGUGUUGCAAGGUUUCAGGCUUUCAGAUUAUAAAGUCUCUGCGGAACUAUGAAGUUAGCACUUGAAGACAAAAAUGCAAUCUUAUAUCUGCCCAUUGACAUUGUGCUAAUUUCCAUUUUGCUAUACAGAAUUGUAUACUUUAGACAAUUAUCUAUAAAAUAAACUCUGCAGGAGAGUUAGCAUUGAUGCAAUGUGUAUGUCUAAGGGUUUUUAGUUCAUGCUUGCUUGAUCCUACAUGGUAAUACUUUAACCUAAGCCUUAACAAAUGUCCAAGAUCAGAAUAUGCAAAAAUAUUGAGUAGGACUAGUGCUUUUCAUGAGAAGGCACAACAUAUUUUAUUAUUAAAUAGUUUUAUCCUUGAAACCAGUGGCCUUCAUCCAGACUAAGAUUUGCAUGUGAGGAACCUUUUCACUUGUGAAUGGAAAGGGCGACGAUUUUGGGCAAUCCAUCCUUCACUCUGUAGCUGUUUGGUGCUUUCUGAAAAUCCGCUCUUCAGUAUAUUUUUGGGAGGUGCAGGUGUCUGCAGAGGAAUAGGGCCUGCUGAAAAUGGUCUUCGCCUUUCAUUUGCAAGUGGAAGUGUUUCCUAUGCACAACUCUUGGUAUCUGUGUGAGCCAGUUGUUUUCACCUGCCUGUAGUCUAGUUAACUUAUCCCAAUUUUUACAUGAACUUGGCUCCAGUAUAUAGUCACACUAUCGAUCCAGAGGUAGUACAGUAUUGUGAUAUGGGGAGAAAAGUGAUUUGAUUAACUUAUUGAAUUAUUUUUAAAGGGCUAAGGGAUUAAUAUAGGUAACGAUUUAUUCCUCCAAAGGAAAUGUAGUUGUGUGAGAGAGGAGACUGACGAUUUUUAAACAUGUACAUAUGCUGAAAAACUGCUCAAAUAGUUAUGUUUUUCACCUCUUAUGACUGACAUUGAAUCCUUUUAUCUACAAGAUUAAUUAGAGGGGCAAAUGAAGUGGUGGGGACCCAGCUCUCUUUCCAGUUUGGAUCUACCUCAGACUAAGCAGUUGGGUGCUAAUUUAUUCAAAUUUAUCAAUGAGAUUGUCCAAAGUGACCAAACAUUAUGUGAUUACUUGUUUUCUGAAGAUGAGCUAAAGUUUGAAUUUUUGUGUUGCAAAAGAUGUAUUUGAGGUUUUUUCUUCUUUAUUGUGCCUUUUCUGUUGAGUCCCAAUGCACAGCAAAAUCAAGUCCUACUCCUAUGCUAGAAAUAAAUCCUUUUUAACAUCAAAACGGGAAACUGUCAGGUUUUUAAAAAAAAAUAGUGUAUUUUUUUGUGAAUUAAAUUAUAAAAUAUACAGAAUGCUUGUAAUGCAGAGAGGUUUUUUAAGUCAAGACAAAACAAUGAUACUUCUUAACUAGAUCCCAAACACUUCUAUGCAUAUAUCUGUAUGGCCAUGUGGCCGUCCUUUUGAGCAUCUCAAUCUGUUUGCUUCUGAGGAUGGGCCUUACCAGUUUGCCUACAGGGAUGGGCCUUGCCGGUUUUUAAAGCCUGGGAAUGAAAUCUGCUCCAACCUGCAAACAGAGCUCUCAUGUGGGCUGACCGAUUUAGUUUCAAUGAAGGAUGCAAAUCUGCGCUCACAGAUCUGUGUCCUUCAUUUACAUAGGGAAGUCCUUGAGGGCAGGGGACUUCUUUGAGGGAGCUCAGGGUGUCUGUGUUGCUGGAAUAGGGUGAAAGUGUGUGCGUGUGUGUAUGUGUAUAUGUAGCUACUAAUACCCAAGCAUUUGUGGCUGUACAUAUAUAUACAUGUAUAUAAUAAAAGUGGAAGUGGUGUGUGCAUAUGUCAGGUGAGGGAAUAAAAUGUCAAAGUAACUUUCUGCAUGCUUUUAUAUAAAAGUUUGAAUACCCCUUUUCUAUAACCAACUUUUUUUACUUUUUUUUGGAGACCGAGUUGUAAUAUACUAUUGUUUUUGAAAACUGAAAAAAAAAAAAGACUUUAUAAACAGUAACCAAUACAGCAUGGGAAUCAUUUUCUGUAUAAUACUUAGUUUUAAUAUUGAAAAGAAAAGGAAAAAAAAAAAAGCGGGGGGAGCAUCAACAUUCCUAAGUGGCAGGAUUUAAGCUAUACCCUAAAGGAAUUUUGCUGCAGAGAGACUCAAUCAACAGGAAAAAAAAUUACAAAAAUGCCCCGGCGGGUGUAUAAGUAAAGUUAUAUUUUAUAAAAGAGUAACCAUCCUUUUAAUAUGCUGCAUAGAAAUGAUCAGCAUUGUUGCACUUUCUCAGUAAUAAUGUCCUGUAAAUUGGCUUAUGGUCAGAAAUUUUAAAUGUUUUUAAUGUACCAUAGUACUUUGGGCAGAAGGUAAGAAGACUUACAGGUACCUCAAGAUUGAAACAAGAGCCUGAAUAUGCUGCAUUUUGUUCCUUUUAAUUUCAUAGAGCAUUUUGUUUGGCUUUCAUUAGUUUUAUUAUUGUUACUAGCUACCUGGCUUUUAAUUUGUACUUGUUGGACCUCCGAAGAAUUUUAGAGAGUUGGUUUAUCUUUGCUUGGUUAGAUAUUCUUAUCCUUUACUGGUAUUAAGUAGUUGAUAUCAGGUCUGCCCUGCAUUGUACACUAGAGGAUGUAGUGACUGUUUUUACAAAGUAGAUUUUGAGAAAAAGGAUACUAAGGUUGUAAAACAGACAAUAUAUGUUUCCUUUUGGUUUGUUUGUAUGCUUGCUUGUCAUGGCUGAGACAGCAGAGUUGGGGAAAACAAAACAUACUUGGACCUGUAACAUUGCUAUAUUGACCAAGGAAUAAGCUAACAGAUAAUAGUUAGGGUAGCCUAACUGGGAGGCUGAGCCACAUUGUACACCACCCCCCGACCCCAAGGAUGAAGAAACUGAGUUUCUGUCCAGGUGAUUUCAAGCAACAUAUGUCUGUUGCUUGGAUACAUUAGAUCUAAUGAACUAAAUUGGUAGUGGUAAUUCCCUAAUACUCUAUAAUAUGGAUGGAGAGGUAAUUGUUUCAGGUGUGUGGUGGAAGGGGGUGGGAGGUAAAUGCUUGAAGGAAGCUUCAGAAGACUGUGAAACUCAACAUUUAUUGUCCUGUUUUAAGCUUAGGUAGUUCCUCUUUCCAUGUUUUGUUUUACAGCUUGCUAGGUAAAAUACUUUGCACUAUUUCUGCAAUAAACUCAUGGCAAACUAACCUUUUACUUUUUGUCUUGGUUUGUGUAUUGUGUGUAUAUAUUAUAAACUAAUACAAAAGAACUAGCCUAGGUUUUUUUACCUCCAUACCAUGACAUGUAACAAGCUGAGAAUGCUGUAAAUCUUGACAAAAUAUGUGAAUGAUAUUUUAUAAAGUUAUUUUGUAUGGUGUCAAUUUUGUUUCUUCCUCAUAGUAUGUCAAUAAAUUACUCAUAUUUACAAGUUCAAA